CUUUGUCUUGUGGGGUUCCAGCACUCGGGGUAACAGAGGAAGAAGCGGAUGCAGGUCCACUGAAAAAAACCUACCUAGAGAUAAUUAAAAUAGAAAACUGAAUGGCUGCAAUUUGAUUUUGUGCACGAAGAAUGGAUUUUAAAGCAAAAAUUGAGAUGGUAAUUCUGCUCUCUUUUGUUCCAGAGCAGUCUGGGCCAUAUUCUCAGCUUGCGCAUGUAAGUGCAUUUCCUCUCACGCUGGUAAUAAUGUCCAUCAAUUUGCACUAUGAAUCUGAUAUACGACAUGAAAAGCUGCAGCUACAAACAGCGACGCAGCAAGCAGGCACUGCCCAUACUCAGUCAUCCUUACGGGACACCAAACUCCAGCACCCAUAUGUACCUCAGCUUGAAACAUCACAGUUUGACUAAUCCACGUAAACCAAGGCCCUUUGCUUCGGUUCUGAUCCCUAAACCAAGGGUUUUUUAUCUUCUCCAGACAAGAGAGAUGAAUUUUAUGGGCGUUCCAUGAAGUGGACAAAUAUUUUUCUUGUAGGGGUAGAAGUCAGAUGAAGUUCUCUUCAAUUAAGAUAAAAAAAAAUCAAUAUGUGGGAAUCCAGAUAGAUUUGAUUAACAUUCUUACGUUCUGCUCUGGGUAGAUAAAUAAAGACUGGAAUCACAAAACAGAAGGCAAUAUUCCAUCUUGAACUAGAAAAUUAUUUUUGUAGACUAGAGACAGACCCUCACCAUUACAGAUUCAACAAGACUGUCAUCUGAUCAGUUGAAGUAAGCAGGAAAUAUUUUUCCACGGGCAAAAGAAUUUAUUCUCAAUACAACAGAAAACACAUGGUGCACACACUUGGAUGUGAAAUUCCACAAGUGAAACUGCAGAGUGCAGGAAUGCCCAAAGGUAAAUGAAAUGCUUCAACUCUGAUUCUGUCUGACAAUUCUUCCACAUCCCCUGCAACUAAACUCUAUAUUGUAAGAGAAAUAAUUUAACUCGAAUUCAGAUAACUGUAGGCUUACAUAAAUGUGAUGCUCCAGCAGCUGAAAUCCCUAUCACGCUCCUCAGGCUCUCUUUGACUAGACUAGUCAUUUUAGAACCCUACUUAUCAGCCUUACCAUUUAGUCACUGCCUAGCAGAUCAGUUACAAUUUGGGACAAUCGAUUCCAUCUCUUUGUGAAGAUGCUUUAAAUACUCGUAAAUUUCAUAUUAGUACAUACUGCAUAUACUCAUUUCCUUUUGAUCAUGAACCCAAUGCAUCACUUAUUAAACAAGACAAAUUUGUAGCUAAAAUUUUCCCUGUAUUCAUAUGUAGCUUAUCAAUACUGGGUCCAUCACAUUGGUGACACGGAGAUUUCAGACUAGACCCAUCACUGGGUUGACAAAUGAAGAUGAGCUGAUAUUUCCAAGGAAGAGUUGAAAAGAGCAUUUUAGAAAUUCAUAAGAGCAUUUAAGAUGCAGCCAGAUUUGUAAAGCAAAAUACAUCAAUCUCACUGUGGAUGAAGCACGAAACAAGCAUUAUGUCUGACGUGAAUUAAUCAUUUAUCCUACAACUACUUUUCCAUGUUCCACAAACACAGGGAACGAUUAAGAAACGUGUGUUUGCAGAACAGCCAUCAGUCACCACAUCAUUUGUCUGCACUGUGCACCCGUUUGUACCUAUUUCUGCUAAUUGCACUGCAUUUAUGUGUAAGAGAACGAGAAGUGUGGUUCCUAAUGAAGCCAAAAAGAUAGAAAAAAAACAAUUCAACAUUUCUAACUUUUUAGUCCCAUAUUUUAUUCAAUUUUGCCAUUUGUAAUGUUUGCAAUAGCAGCACUGGUUUUAUUUAUUUAUUGGCUUUAUUUGCAUGCCAAUAUAUUUCACAAUUCAAAAAAAAAAAUAAAAAAAUCCGACACUUCAGCAGAUUUUAAGUGCUUUUGACAGUAUCAUGGGUUUUUGCUGUCCAAGAAGCAUUUUCCACUUUUUUCUUUAAUUAAAAACCACUUUGCAAUAUGUGACAAACAUAUGUACACCAACACAAAAAGUCUGUGUUAUCAUAUCAAUUCCCAGAAGAGAAUGGUUCUGUAAUUAAAUGAGGGAACUAAAACCAGAGCCCCUACAAUUUACUCCUACCACAGGUGUGUUUUUGUGGCCCCCAACAAAUCACUUCAUCUUCCUCUCAUUUCUUAGCUGUUAAGUGUAUCUUAUCAGCCACUUCAAAAGGCUGUGACGUUUUUCUUAUCAGUCUCUCUGAAGUCACAACACAAAAAGUCAAAGAAAUCAUGUAGCAUAAAUCGUUCUCUGUUCUCCUGUGGGCUGCCACCUCCACUACAGCAGCACAGCCACGGCGCUUCUGGGACCUGAAGACAACAGCUCUUGUUCUUGUAUUUUGUGUACAUGUCACAGAAGCACUUUCCACUAGUCUCUUACUGGAGCAGGAGCUCUGGUAAACAGCAGUGCUUAACACCAACUCCUCCACUCCUUCCAAUGAGCCAUGCAUGUGGUUAUCAUUAGACAGCCAUAUUUGUUUAACUUUGCAAAGGAAGGAAGAGGUCUUUGGCAUGCUCCCAGGAGUACAUGCAGAACCUGACUCUCAUAUCCUGACUUUCAUCGAGCAAGCUCAUGUCAAAAACCCAAGUUCUAGUGGAAAUGAAACUGCAGUCUCAUCACAGUGUGUGAUGGCAAUGGAGCUAAUGGGCAAAUGCUGUGGUGUGAUAUUUGGCCAACCUGGCAAGGCAGCCCUUAACCACAUGCUGUACAUCAUUAAUGAAAACAGUGCUCUUCCCCACUGCAUCACUUUUCACCACUACAAAUAGAGCAAUCACACUCAGAACACAAAGGAUGAAGAAACCUGCACUGGCAUUAGCAUGUUUCUAUGUCUGAUUCCAAAAUGCUGCUUAGGUAUUAAUCUUUAUUCCAUCACAAUUCAAAUGAUGAAAGGAGAUAAAAUAAAUACAAGUUUCUGACUGCAGAUAAUUUUCUGCUGUGAAAUGCAGAAAUGAAGGCAGAAAUGUAGGGAAAUAAUCCUAAUUGCCUUCUCAGUCAAGAAACCAAAGUUUAAAUAUGAGUUCAGCUGUAGCUAUACGUAUCAUUAUUGCAAAUCCUGUCACUCAAACGCAGAGCAGAUCAAACAUCAAGCAUCCCAACUGCAGGAUGCUGUCAGAUUAGCCAUCCCAUUCACACUAAUACAUUUUUACUACUAAUUUAGGAAAAGGGAAGAAAAAAGCUCAAAGCAUCCACAUAAAUUUAGCAGAAUGUACAUGAGCACAGACCAAACAAGACCAGACAAGCCUAACUCUGAAAAAAUGUCCAACAGUUUCAAUUUCCACUUUCCUCAAGGAGCUUUAGAGGCCAUCAGAACCUCGUGAUGUGACUGGGGUCUGUGUGCACAUCUCGUUUAGUUUCCAAAAUCUGUCACAGUAAUCUGCAAUUUAUGAAAUGGAGGGGGGGGGAAAAAUAGGCAAAUGAAAUAAAUAAUUGGUUUAAUUAUUAAGCUAUUUUGGAAAACUACCUGGAUGAAAGCACGUCAUUUAAUAUGCUUUCAAAUCAAGGAAAGCAAGUGCACGCUGAAGGGAUCACAAAAUGGUGCUGACCAAUCCUAACCCACAGUGCUCCCGUUCCUCAAACAGGCUUCAUCCACGUGAAUUUCCCUUCAGAAAGAUUUUUAGCAGUGCUACAUUAAAAAACUGAAGUCACACCCAGUUCAUAGCACAGAGAAAUUAAAACAUGUCUAUGUAAACAGGCUACUCCUGGCAUUUAACACACAAAAUGCACAUCUGGCCUGGCACAAAGCUCUAACCUAAUGUGACUGAAAAAAGCUGAGACAUUAUGGCCCACAAACAGGCUUUAUAAAUAAAUACUGCAGUGAGCUGCAAAACCAUGGGAGUGCUACCAGCUGUAACUCUGAUGUAUCUAAAUUCAUACUGCUGCACACCUAACUCUCUUUUUCACAGAGCAUCAAUGCUAAGAAGAGGUAGAGCUUACAGAAUAACCCAGAGAAAACGCAGCCGUGAAGUGACAUUCAGGGCUGUAAUGAAUAAAACCCUUAGGGUUGCAGUUCACGCAGGGAUUUUGUCAGGGACAUUUCAUUAAAUGGGUGAGGUUGAUGCUAAAACCUCUGAAUCUCUGGACAUCAGAAUUAGGUUCUUAAUAGGUACUGUUUUCCAUACAACCAAGAAAUGGGCAGAUAUGCUCCUGCACAAGUCUAACAGCAACUACUGAAGGCUGUGGAGAUAACAGUGGUGAGGAUUUUCUUGGAUAUCUAAAAAAACCACUGCGUUUGGCAACUUGAUUAUUUGUCCACCAAUAAACAAAAUAUGCAAACAAUGAAGUUGUUCUCAUCAACUGUGUCCACACCAGGGGCUUUUUCUUGUAUAGCUCUGCCACUGAUACAUCUCACUUCAUCAUACCCACAGCCAAAAUAGCUGUGCCAGCAGAAAUUCAUAUUUCUAAGCCUGACCUCAAAUUAGAGUUUGACUGUCAAAGAAUGGGUGGCCCCAAAUGACACUGGAAUCAUAGAAUCAUAGAAUCACUAAGAUUGGAAAAGACCUAAAAGAUCACCCAGUCCAACCGUUCACCUACCUCCAAUAGCUCCCACUAAACCAUGUCCCUCAACACAACAUCCAGCCUUUCCUUGAACACCCCCAGGGUCGGUGAUUCCACCACCUCCCUGGGCAUCCAUUGCAGUGCCUGACCACCCUUUCUGAAAAGUAAUACUUCCUCAUGUCCAGCCUGAAUCUCCCCUGCCGUAGCUUGAAACCAUUCCCCCUGGUCCUAUCACUAAUGACACGAGAGAAGAGGCCGACCCCCAGCUCACUACAACCUCCCUUCAGGAAGUUAUAGAGAGCAAUAAGGUCUCCCCUGAGCCUCCUCUUCUCCAGGCUGAACAUUCCCAGCUCCUUCAGCCUCUCCUCAUAUGGCCUGUGUUCCAGACCCCUCACCAGCUUCGUUGCCAUUCUUUGAACACGUUCCAGGGCCUCAAUAUCUUUCUUGCAGUGAGGGGCCCAAAACUGGACACAGUACUCGAGGUGCGGCCUGACGAGUGCUGAAUAUAGGGGAACAAUCAACUCUCUGCUCCUGCUUGCAACACUGUUUCUGAUGCGAGCCAGGAUGCCAUUGCCCUUCCUGGCCACCUGGGCACACUGUCGGCUCCUGUUCAGCCGAGCAUCAAUCAAUACCCCCAGGUCCAUUUCCUCUACGCAGUCCUCCAGCCACACCGCCCCAAGCCUGCAGCGUCGCCUGGGGUUGUUGUGGCCGAAGUGCAGGACCCGGCAUUUGGCCUUGUUGAAACUCAUCCCAUUGGCUCCAGCCCAGCUCUCCAGCCUGUCCAGAUCCCUCUGUAGGGCCUCGCUACCCCCAGGCAGAUCCACACUUCCAGCCAAUUUGGUGUCAUCUGCGAAUUUACUGAGGGUGCACUCGAUGCCCUCGAAUGUAUCUCUAAAGUACAUUCAUUAUUCAAAGAGGCUGAAUUGAAGAAAAAUGACAGCAAAGUUGCAGUGAACAACAGAAGAGCUUUUAGGAAUUACCAGUUCAAGUGUGAUAGCAUUAAUUCCUUACAAAGAUGGAAGGCAGAGAGGAGGACACAAAACGCCUAGAAGUCAACCCGUAAUAUAAGGGAAAAGAGGAAGAUAACACCUCAUGUAGUGAUAAACAAGGAAUAGUGAAAUGGUAAGAAAUGACAAGUCAGUUUGGAAAACGAACUAGCAUAAAGAUGAUUUCAUCCCAUGGGAAGAUGUCAGACAGAUUGCCAGCUACAACAGCUUCAGAAAAUAUCUGCAAUUUAGGACAGGAAAGCCUUUAAAAUUACUACUGAAACAGCCACCCUCACAAAUUGGCACCAGGACUAAAGUUUACGUGACAUGUUAAUGACAUUUGCCUGUUACUACCAUCACUCAAAGCACAUGUGGGGAACAUAACACCACAGGGCCUACAUGCAGCCUUUACCUUCACUGCAUACAAACUGCCAGUACGGGUGGUAUAUGUAGGAUACCUGAAAGCCACGGUCUGCCAUCAGGAAGCACAGUGUUCCCCAUACAAAUAAUGCAGUAAUGAAAAUAUGAGACAACCAGACAGAUUUCCUGCUUCAGAUCCCCCCAUAGAUUGAGUUGCAAAUGCUGUACAUCUGAGAAAUCAGUAGAGCACAUAAGUCUACCUAAGACAGCUCAGCAGCCUUCCCCCAAAUUACUUACAAGGACUAAUUUGUACUGCCAGAUUAAUCUCAAAAUAAAGCAAUUAAUUUAAGCAAAAUAAAAAGGAAACAAAAAAACUCCUUCUCUACCAUAGUAAUUUACACAUUAGUAAAUUUAUUAUGCAGCUGCAAAUUAAUAUGUCACCUACACUAGCUAUCACAAGCCUCUCAGUCUGUCUUGGAACCUCUUGCUUUAAUAAACAGCUGCAUGUAGUGGAGAAAAUAUGCAAACAUCUUUCUUGUUUCUCUGUGCCAUUGUGUCAGCUGUUUUACAUGUCUUUGAAAGUGCUCCAAAAUCAGCAUGGUUCUGCUUUUUCCUUUAUUUCAUUUUGGGAGAAGACAGAAGCAGAGAAGGAAGGACAGGCUGGCAAUAGAGAGCUAACUCCACGCUUGCUGUGCUCAUGAUAGUAAAGCUGAGAUUGUUUCAAUUCAGUUUACACAGACCCUUCCAUAAGAACAAAAGAAACCGAUGAUGGUGGUUAAAAAUGCAAAAGGUUCUGAUUGUAAUGCCUUGACAAUCAGCCAAAGAUAUGACUGGGGGGGAAAAACACCAGACAGCAUUGGCCAGAAUGGAAGAAACAAGGAAAAACACAUGGCUUGACUUCAGAGCAGAAAAUUGACUUAGGCUUUGCAUAAGCAGCAGCAUACCUCCAAGCUUGCCUGAUCCACAGCCUGCCUGGAAUGAGAAAAUGUAGUCUAAAAGCAGAGCCUAUUAAAAGGCAUAAUGUUUCUAAAUGGCAUCUGUUGCGUACUAAUAAGCAUUACUUAAAGGACACAGGCCUUAAAUUGCUACCAAACGUGCACUUAUCUGAAACUGCUGCAAGGCAAUCAUUACAAAAAUGUCACAUGACACCAUGGGAAUUUGAAUUUGAUAAGAUGUUUUUAUUUAGUUUGGCUUGAAAUCAUUAUGCAGAAAAAAUAUGGAGGCAUUUUCUGAGACUUUGAGACUGUGGAACUUCACAGGAAUGAAACACUAGCAAGAACUACAUCAACAGAGCCAUUUGCCAUCUGUUGUUGGUAAUACUAUAAAGACCAGCCACCAGACAGCAGUUUCAAAGGUUACAAACAACAUUUUUAAGCAUCCACAGACCACUCAGAAAAUGAGCAGGACACAGUUUACUUUGGAUACGUGUGACCUGAGGGUCUGCCACUCAUUUUCCAAACACAAUAUGUAAGGACUGUGACCAGUGCAUGCCACUAGAAAUGUUUGUGAGAUUCUUGGUGUGCAGCUCUUAUACAAUGCAGAAAAUAUGCAGCAGUGUGUUCUACAUAGGUCCUUAUAACACACUCACAAGCAUAAUGGCAACACAUCUUGCCCCUUGAAAUUUAAACAGGCAAGAUUUUCUCUUGUGGUUUGUUCUCUUAUACUCUCUCCCCGAGGGAAGGUGUAUGUUUCCUGAAACGCUGUUAUGAAAAGAGACUCAGAUUUGUUUGCUGGGAUUUGGAGUGUAUUUUUUUAUUUUAGGAAAGUAUUUCCAAGGAGAAAGGAUUUUAUUACCUGUUUCCUUUCCUUCUGGGCCGUAACUACGCGUUUAUGUUAAAGCAAGGUGACAGUAACUUACCUUCCUGUGGCACAGAAAGUAAAAAGGUUCUAGAAAUUGUUACCUCCUACAAAAGCAUACUCCUCAGUCUGAGUAAAACACUCUCUCUUCCAUAGAUGAGAGUUUAGUUAUGCUGAAGGAAUACAGUUGCUGAUCAGACUCUAAGUUAGAGCUUCGAAUAGGUUUUCUAAAUGUGCAUCCACACUGUCAUGAUUUUGAGUUUCCACCUUUCAGGGUGUUGCCCUCACACCUGCAAACUUUAAAUGAUUAACAUCAAGGCAGAUGGAAAUUUAAAACUUCAUUAGUGCAGUUGUUAAGCUAGAUGUGUGGGUCUGUCAUGUGGCAUCUACCUACUUCUCAGCUCUGGAAUCAUAACCUUGCAAGUCCUGCUUUAUGAAAAAGCCACAGGAACAGCUGACCUUGAGAUCAUGUAGAGUUGUACAACCUCAUUAUAGAAGACAUAACCUGGAAAGUACCUUUUGCACAAGAAAAGCUAAUCGUUGAAUCCAAUACUUUCUUGAAGUGUGCUGUAUGCUCAACCUAUACUCAUUCAAUUGUUACAUAUGGGUAUGCAAUUAAUUGAAUAACUACGUCAAAAUUCAAAUGAUGGCUACAAUGACAUUUGUCCCAAAAGAAGAGAGGAAUAACUCUUCCAAACAUUCCAUUUGAGAAUAAAGAAAUCAGGAAAAUAAAAUGUAGGUGUACCUGAAGCACCCAACGGUCCAUUUGCUGGGACAUGAAAAGCCUAGUCCCAUUCAUCUAGAGAUACUGCAUUUAAAAACAUGAGUAGAAUGAAGAGAAGAGAAGAGAAGAGAAGAGAAGAGAAGAGAAGAGAAGAGAAGAGAAGAGAAGAGAAGAGAAGAGAAGAAUCAACAUGCAAUUAUUAUCAAUGUUUGACUUCCACAAGUGGCUGGCAGGAGAGGAAAAAAUAGAGCAUUCUGACUACAAGUGCAUUUAGCCAUGAGCAGUUAGAGGAACUAAUGAACAGCAUCGUUAUUUUACUGAAGGGGAUGAAGUAGGUGCUUUAGAUAAAUGGUAGCAACUUAAAAUGCGUUUCAGAAGAUAAAAUUCACUUUCUCUCCAUUUACCUGCUGGUGUGACAAAUUAAGAAAGAGCAUAAAACAGGAGCAAGAGGGAAAGCAGUGCAAAAGGUAGCUGAGGGGAUGCAAUGGGCCCUUAUACAAAUGGUGCACACGCAGAGAGUGCUGGAAGAGCUCCUAGUCAAAUACAACCAGGAUGCCUCACACACUGGGCUGCCUUGGAAAUCCAUGACAGAGUUUGCACUGAGUUUGUCCUAAAAUAAGAUUCCAGGCACCAGAAGUGAUGCCAACCUGGAGCUAACCUAAUCUGUUUGCUUCAGUGUUGCACCUGGAAUGCAAUCAGGAGCUUUCCCAGCUGGGCUGUGCUGGGCAGAGGCUCUUUGGCAGCUGCCACAAACACCACCAAAUCGAUGGUCGCUGCAAGCAAAGGGGCAAAGGUUUUCUUUCCCCAGAAUUAAUCAUUAGAGACGGCCCCCUGUUGGUUCUUGCACUUCAGUUUAAUGAAGACACACCAGCUAUUAAACUCACCGCCUCAAGAUUUCCUUUGACAUUUUAAUUUGGACUGAAGUUUUGCUAUGUGUUGUCCAUUCAAUCGUACCGAGUAAAUAUUUUGCUUUAGCAAAUACAUAUUCUCCUGUUAAUGUUUAUUUUUAAAGUGUAAGGAGCUUGGGGAGUUUAAUAAAUAAUGUAAGAUAAAGCUGAAGAUGAGUGAAUGAGGUAAGUGCUGUGAGGGAGAACAGGGAAGUUACCUCUAUGUAUUUAUAGAUAAUAAGAAACUAACCCUAACACUGAAUAGAGUGGAAAUAGAGGUACGUGUUUUUAGCUCAGUAGUUCUUCACUAAAGAGAAUUACAACAGUGAUAAGAAUACAGUAUCCACAGACAUACACUAAAAGUGACCCAAAUAGUUUUGCUUACUUGUAUAUAUACAGUUUUCUGAUGCAAAGUAUUGCUGGAUAUUUUAUUGCUGGACAUUUUGCAAAAAGUUUCUUGCAGCCUUUUCUGUUCUUGAGGUAACCUGCUGCCUUUAAUAUGGAGGUGUAACAACUUGUUUUGAAAGUUCCAUGGGACAGAAAUCAUUCCUCUGGUGUGAAUCCCAACCCGUCUCAGCUUUAUGAAAACACUUUCUUCAUCCAAUAGAAAUCUGCAUGCUUCAGAACGGUUUGAAUCAAAAAAUAGAUGCCCCAGAUGAGGAAGUUUCCCAUAGAUGCAUGAAUGCUGAUACUACUGUUUGGAACUGCAAGUCGAUGAGAUUUCACCUUUUGGAGCAUGGAUUCAAAUACCAACAUUGUGGUUGUGACUGGUUUUGGUCCCUUUAGACAAUACCUGGUUAAUUCUAGCUGGGAAGCCGUGAAGGAGCUGUCCAAGAGAGGCCUUGGAAAAAACAUCGAUCUUCGUAUCAUGCAGCUACCAGUGGUUUACCAAAAAGCAAAGGAACAAAUCUUCAGGAUAUGGACAACUCUUCAUCCAAUACUUGCUGUUCACGUUGGGCUGGCUUCAUCCACCAAAGCAAUCAUCAUCCUUGAGCAGUGUGGGAAGAACAAAGGCUAUGAAGAGAUGGAUGCUUGUGGUUUUCACCCAGAAGGUGGCUGUUGCAUGCUAGAUGGUCCGGAAAAGAUUGAAUCUACAAUUAACCUGAAGACUAUCUGGAAAAAUAUUUCAGUGGAAGGAAUUGAUAUCAUCUUUUCCAGAGAUGCGGGAAGGUACCUCUGUGAUUACACCUAUUACACUUCCCUGUAUUACGGCGCUGGAAGAGCAGCUUUCAUCCAUGUGCCUCCAUUAUCAAAGUCGGUAACAGCAGACUCUCUAGGAAAAGCAUUACAGACAAUUAUCUCAGAAAUGUUAAAACAGUGUGGGGAACAGAGAGAGUAAGAUGGAACAGAAGAAAAAAGGAGGUUUCUUAAAAUGGAAUUUCUUAUCUCUUAGAAGCAGCAAAUCUAAUGAUUAUUUAAAGCUCUUAAAGAUUUUAUUCCAAGUUAUUUUCAGGGAAAUCUCCUUACAAAAACCAAACAACUGUUUCCAUCUCUGCUAUAAAAAUCUUGAGGGGAAGAAAAAAAAACCCCACAAAAAGUGACGGUUUGUAACACUAAGAUUGCUUCAGAUUUACGAAAGUGCAAAAAACAGGACUUAAAAAUGGUUACAGACUUCCUAAAAUCUUUUAAAAGCAUGUUUUUAAAAAAUCUAAUUAAAACAAAACAAAGCAGAGCGAAUGUCAAAAGAUGUUACUACAGAUUUGUUGAAUCAAGAUCCAUUCUUACGUCCAUAAGGACAUGCAGCACUGAUACCACAAAGUUCCCCAAGUCCCUGUUCAAGUGCAGUGACACGGGUUCAUCUAACACAAGCUGCCCAUAUAUGAACUUUAAAUAUGAGGGAAAAAUAAACCACAGGUAGAGAUGCUGUUAUUUUGAAGACUUUUUUCAGUUUCUGUAUCUCUUUGAGACCUGCUGUACGUGCCGGCUUUCACAGACAAAGCAGCCUACAGAUCUGGGGUGAUUAAUACAAAAAGGCUGGAACCUGGCAGACACUGUAAAGCUGUUUGACUUUCAACUGGCUGAAAACACCCUUUCCCCAAAUUCUCAGCAUAUGUCCCAGAGGAAAACACUGCUGUCCUUCCACAAAGCACAGCACAAAGACAACAGCCUUUCAGUACAAUGGGUCUGUAUGCUAUGCAGGGAUUUAUACAUCAAAAUCAACAAGCCAACUUGUCCCAGGAAAGGCGAGCAGUGAAGCACCGCGCAGUGGAAUGUCAUGGCACGUUAUCUUUCUUACAAAACAGGAACCAAAUGAGAUCCCAACUUAUAAAGCUUGGGAUCAGACACUGACAGAUCACUUCUGAGCUCCUCCCCUGCCAAGCCAGGCUCCUCGGUGUCUCAGACAUGGCUAUAUACAGAAGCACUGCUCUAUCAAGGCUGGGCAAGACAGAGGUUUACAGUGUGUCCUCUUUAGCUCACAGGGAAUGUCAAUGCACACAGUUUUGCUCGUACCAUGACAGACAAUUAUGACAUAAAACCAGCAAGUAGUUUUCAAAAACAAUCACCGAAACAGAAGAGCAGCAUCUUCAUGUGGACACCUGGGAUUUUUCUACGGGAAAAGAAAGCUCAUUGCUCUAGUGUUGUGUCAGUAAAAAGGACAAGAGACAAGGAUAACCUAAUGGCACAGACACCUGAACGAGCUCUGGGCCACCACUGUGCCUCAGUCAAGACUUUUAUGACAAGACUCAGAGAAAUUGUAAAUGCCAAGAUAAUGCUAGCUUUCUUGUCGCUAUUUUUCUAACAACAUUUGCAGAAAACUGAUAACUUUGUACUGGAUGGCUGAAUGCCUCAUGUAUGCAUUGCUGUAACAGCAAACGAAAGGAUUUCCUUCAAAUAAAUAAAGAAAAAGGCUUUCCUUAUUCAGAUGAAUCAAGUCCCGCUGACAAAUGGUCCAAAGGUUAGUGUCACUGGAUUACAAUACUUCCAACUUCAACACGGCAUAAUGGCAGCACUGACCUCUACGAAGAUCGUUUUCAGAGUUGCUCAACUAAAUGCAGCCAGAAGUGCCGAAGAAAAAGUCUUGAGUCUUCUGAGCUGCACUUGCUUUGCAAUGAAGAACAACAAAUUCAAAAGCAGACAAAUGCAUACAGAAUUCUUUUAUUUAACUUAAAUCAGGUAGUACUGAAACUACUAGAAAAAAGCAGAGUAAGAGAAACUAAUGGAGCCUUAGCUUCAGCCAUUCAAAAUAGACAAAGUUUCUUCUUUUCAUAAUGUAAAGAAUCCCGAGUAUAUCGCAAUAACAGGAAUAAAUUCUUACAACAGAAUAUACAAAAACAUUUUGAAUUUUUUUUUUAUCUACUGAUUCAUUUUAAUAUAAACACAGGAAUUUCUUUAGGAAUAAUUUAUACACAGCAAGUCUUUUUUAUGUAAUAAAUUGGCCAUGUUAUUGUUGAAUUUUCUCUUAAAAAAAUCUAAACAAGAAAACUCAGAAAAUGUCGUAUUUGCAACUGCAUCCAUUCCUUAGCACUUUCUAGUUUUGUUUUUGUCCCAGAGGUAGACAAACUCUGGCCAAUCCUUUCAUCUCAAACCUCACUGGUUUAGAAAACAGAAGAGCUGAUCGUUAAAUAGCAUCUAAAUCAUCGUAACGCUUCAGAAAUGCAGUUAGUCAGACUUCAGGGGGAAACAGGGAUCUUCAGUAUUCUUAAAUAAAAAUAAAUAGGGACCCUGCUUUGCUUAUUACAACAAAGCUUCAAAUGGUAAUGCUUCAGCAUCUUUAGAGGCUGCAUACAAACUUUUAAAGUGAUAAGAAAUAUGCAAAUAGUUCUUCAAUUGUAAUUACAAAAACUGCCUUCCCGCUUUCUCUUGUGCAGUCGUUUCCUUCAAACCACCUGGCACCCAUAAAACAGGUACUGAACAGCACAAGUGAGACUGUGUAGCAGCAAAACCCAUUCUGUUUUCCCAACCAGUGAGGUUCUUGCAAUCCAUUAAGUUCACUGCACUAGACAGCAAAGUGAAAUGACCAGUUAAGAUGAUCCCACCCCAACUAGAGGGCUCUGGAAGACCAGGAUACUGAAGAUACAGAACAUUUCCUCGACUUCUUUACUCGUUCUCUAUGUACUGAGACACAAAGCUUGGGCAGGUAGUGGGAGAGGGAUGAGCCUUGAAUUGGACGAGUUAGCGAUCCUUUUUGGCAUAUUGUAAAGCUAGCUAGUAAACUGGUACCAUCAAAGAAAACUGAUCUCAUACAGACACACGCACACACAGACAGAAAAAGUGCCCUUAAAUUAUAUUUUAGGCAUUAAUAAACUACAAACAUUUUAUAAAAUUAUUCUAUGUACUUACAAAAUGCAAUGAAACAUUUAAUUAGUUCUUGUAAACCAGAUCUUCGUCAACUGACUACCCGUAAUCUACUGGACUUAAAGCCCUAUUGAAAAUGCUAAUGGAUUACUAAUCAACAGAACGCGCACAAAAAAGGUGGACACGCACGCAUACGCACGCACACAACUGGUGAUAAUCUGGUACUUGCAAAACAGACCAACAGAAGGUUGAGGCUGACUCAUACAGACCAAUGCCACAACCACUGAACUCCUGUUACGAGUUUACCGCUUCAGCUGGAAAGUCCGGUUUAUUUACAAGUACCAAUGAUCAGAACGGUGACACCUGAGCUCUGCUGCUGCCCCACGCACACCAAGCUCAGGAAACAACUACAAGCUUCUGCCAAGCCCUGUGUCUUCGUCAACAUCCUUUUCCAUAUCUUUUGUUUUCAGAUGUCUCCAUAUAAGCACUUCUCAGUUCUGAUUUACCUGGCUGCACUCCGUAACAGACUGCUUACUGCCUCUGAGCAGCCAGUUUCCUGAACCGAGGCAACCUUUACGCCCUCCUGCCUAUUUGCAGUUCUGUAUCUUCAGCACCUCUGGCCACUACUGUUAUUUUCUACACACCAUUCUUAAAUUCUUGUCUGCACAACUACUCAUGGGUUAAGUUGCAAUAUCUGGCUUUUAUCACUGGUUAGUAAGGAGUGGACCCCUUGCACCUUCCUCCGCUGUUGUUUAGCCCAGUGAUUAAAUACACCGUUGACAAACAAAAUAAGAACAACAGGAAACAAGUGUUACUUGCACUAGUGGAAUGAAUAGGAUUUAAAUACAUAUAUAUCUAUAUUACAGACAUACACACGCGGAUAUCUAUGUCCAUAUAGAUAUAUACUUAUGGAGUUACACCAACAACAGGAGUGUUGUUCGCUUAGACUCAGAUUGUACGGAACAACCCUCGGCAGUUCCCAGAGGACCUGACAGCGGUUCCGCCUGGUGACCAGUCGGUCCUGGGCAAACUGGGCUUCACUUGUUUUUAAAGACCAACAGGAGCAUCAGUGCGAACAUCUCUAGAAUCAUACAUCACUUAGAACCAGCUUUAAAGAACAGAGGCGUCACGCUGAGAAAGACCUGGUGAACACAGGCUGGCCUCGAACUUCCAAUCACGCUCGGCUGCUGUGUCCAACUCAUCUCUCGCUCAAAAGCGCUUCUUAGUACCAAGCAGCUGACGCUUCUGUGCUUACACAGGAGCCACCUUCCUUUGCAACCAAACCACCUUCCGUGCCACUGAGAAGCUUUUAGAUGUGAGGCAGGUGAGAACAAUGGCCCGAGUGCUGAAAUCAAAGCCUGCCCCUGCAGUGAUGCCAGCUUGUUAUUCUACUGCAUCAAAACAGCUUGGUAAUGUUUGUCAAAACGCUGGGUUUUGGGGCUGGGCGGGCUUUUGUUUUUAAUUUGUAAGGAAAUUGGAUUACUUGAACUUUAUUCAAACACAGUCGAAGUUCUGAAUAAAUUUACCAUACCAGACAAGCCAGUGGUCUCAGGAAAGAACAACAUUACAAACCAUAUUAUGACUCUAUCAAGCCAACAUUAAUUCUCAGUUGUUCACAUGCAUAAACAACUUGAUUUACUGUCCAAGGGAAGUCUGCAUGAAAAGCCCAUGUGAAUAAAGCUAUUCAAAAUGCACAAAACACAACAAAAAACGCUAUGGAAACAAACAGAACAAAAAAGUAAUUAAGCCUGAAUUGCAAACACAGAACACAAUGGUAUCAUGAAGGUGGUUUGGUCCAGGAGAGCUGACUGUCAUCACACGUGUGUACUUUUAGUCCCGUGACUGUUUUCUAUUGAAGUGCUUUUUGAAAUGUCUAUCACAAUGGGUGCUACGUCAUUAGUGUUUCUUCCUAACACAUUUUUAAACCACCUACAUCAAAUUAUAAAAACCAAUAACUUGGACAGUUUUAACAAAACCCUCCUAGCCAGCUGAAAGAUCUGAGGAUCUCCAGUUGUGGUAAUCAAUAUGUGCAAGUGAGGGGAACAGUCACUGCACCAAAAGGUCACUGGAAGCUUCAAAGAAAUGGAAAACAAAAAGGACACAGUAACAACUUUAAAUUUGCUGCUUUUUCAGGGUCUGAGAGAAACGAUCCCUCCAAAGACAAGCCCUGCAGUACUCAACCACAGCACUGUAUAUUCAAGAGGCCGCAUGCAAUUCGAAGUAGCCAAGCAUCGCAUUAUUCAGAUACCACAACCAACACCUGCACGAACAGCUGCCUGAGCUGGAAAAAGAGAAACAUUAUACAUCAUGUUGAUGGCAAGCCUGUGUUAGUCCUGUGUGCUUGUAAACCAGUUACACGCUGUCAGAGGGCAGUUAAAAUUUGAUGGCUGGUCCAUCAGAAUCCACAGUUAUGAAGCAUAUAAACGGGGGAUGAAAGGGAAACUGACUUUACUGGCACAUCAAAAAAUUCAAUUCUAUGUUAGUUUUGAAAACGAAAACAAAACAAUAAGAUAAAAUAAAAUAAAAUAAAAAAAUCAGUGCUCUCAUUGAACAGAAGCAGCAAAGAUCCAAAGCUGUAAACUCGACGUGGUAUUAUCAUCAGGCAGCCCGCAGCAGGUUUGUCAUUGUGUUGGUCAAAAACAAAAAAAGCAACACUGUGCUACGUGAGCCAAAUGGGUGCUGGUUCAGCCAAAUGUCUUUUUGGUGCUUGCGGCAUCUGAGGAAAAUUUGCCAGGAAUGACUGAGGCCAAACAGACCACUCUCCUUAUUCUAGCCAUUCUUCUGGACCUUCAAACACUGUAAACAAUUCAUUUCUGUAGCAAAUUUGAUCGAAACUCGUCAGACUGAAAAGUUCUCGUAUCAGGUCAGAUCUGCAGCCCUCUGAACACGCAGCAGCCCUGCUGCUGACCUGAGCACUGCCACGACGGCCCGUUAAAAAGCCUUCGUGUUUCCUUAAUGAACGACCACCUCCCGUCAGGCAACUCGGAUUUUCCUCACAAUACCAGAUUGGAACUGAAAAGGCAAAACUCCUUGGAAUUGAGGCAAAGAUUCUGAAGUGACCCUUUGUGAUGAGCGGUGACUGUUCCCCUCCGGAACCUAGAGCAUGUGGUUUAUGGAGUGAGAGGUUACCAGUAUCGACGGCAUUUAUUGGCUGCUGAGAAAUGUGAGAUGUAUUUUUUUUAUAUACACACAUAUAAAAAAAUAAGAGUGAGGUAGAUAAAUGUUUGAAAAAAAUCAAAAACUGUCCCCCUGUCAUACUCAAAAACCCUUAUCUCAGUAUUUAAAUUUAUUAUGGGGCAUCUCUACAGUGAUUUAAACUGAUAUCACAAAAAUAAAUAAAAAAUCCUACAUAGAAUACCUUCUUAAUUAACUUUUUUGUCUUUUUCAUUUUUAAAAGGGAAAAAUAACUAUGGGACAGAGGCAAGAGAAGAUAAUGGGACCUAAACUACACAAGCAAAAAGCACUACAAACUUUUAAAAAUCUCCAGUCAAAACUAGCAAUCAGUAUAUUUUAAGUCUUUGUUCUUACUCAAAGGUUUUAAACAUUUCCAUCCCAGAACCACCUCUUCACUGCCAUCAGUUGGCUGGAUCAGUGCUAAACAAAGGCUAAGAUGCUGUAACUAAGAUGAGCAACUGCUACGACUCCUUGGUUGUAGGCUUUAUGAUGGCCCCCUCCUUCCCUUUUCACCAAGGCUUCUGCAACUGAACAAACAAGCUCACUCAUUUUCUUUUGUUCUGAGGUUUGGUCUAUGACUUAAGCAACAGGCUUGGACUUGAACAGGUUUCCAUAGCUGCCAACACUUAACUGUUUGCUAGCCGAGCCGCUGGCUCCAGCUACAUGCUUUCCACCCUACCCCACGGAAAUGGCGUGCUGUUGAUUUGGGUGUUUUUAGUUCUGUUUACCUUGGGGUGCAAAAUGCAGCCCACUGCGUCCUCCAGGAGGACUUCCUCAUUGGGAAGGCAAAGAGCUGGGGCUGGAGCCAGGUGUUCAACGGCCACCCAAAAAGUGCCCUGUGCCGCCAGCCACGAUUCGUACGGCUCUUCUUCAAGGGGUGGCAGAGUUCAAAUGGUCGUUUUCAAAAUCAGUGACCCAAAAGCCUGGCGUCUGCUGUUGUACCCAACAAACAAAAAGAGUGUGUGUGUGCACGUGUGUGUCUGUGUGGGAGUGUUGUGGGGAUGGGUGGGGGGUGUGUGCCACAAUCUAAACAAGCAGGGAGGGAAGGAGGAGCAGGACCCUUGUACAACAAUGAAUAUAAACACUGAACAAGAAUGUACUAAAUAUUUAACCUUUUUUUCUGACCUGAGUUUGUAUCAUGCCUUGCACUGUAACAGACUCGCAUGCUGUCUGGGCAGAGGUUCGUGGGAAGGAAGGAAAACUGGGUCUGAAAAACACCACACCGCUGCUGGAGCGCUCGGUGUGGGGCGUCCCUUCUUUCUCCAUGUCCUCCUCAAAAGCCCUGUGACCCACACAGCCAAGAUGUUGUAAAACAACUAAUGGGAAAAAAAAAAAAAAAAAAAAGAAAA